CCUUUAAUUUACAGUGAAACAAAGAUUUCAGUAUUUUGGUAUCUAGCCCAUCGUGAUUACUUUUGCAUCGGUCCAUAUUUGUUGCACAGGCAGGCACUGUAAAAUAUUAGUUUAAUGUCGUAAAAAGAUUUUUGCCAUGAAUUUAGUUCGUCAAAUUUCGCCACAGAAAUUGAUCAUAAAUGGUGUAUUGAAAAGAAAUUUUGCAAGAUCGUCCCAGUGCUCAGCGAAUGUUAAAGAUUUCUUCUACAAACCAAAGCCAAGAGAUUCUUCUCAUUCAAGUAUUUUAACGAAAAAGGAGAAAAAUCAUCUUUAUAAGAUACAAUUUCAUAGUGUGAAACCAGGUGCUUUGGAUGAAUACAAAGACAUUUGUGCAGAAAUUCUACCAAAAAUAUCGGCAGAUCCGGAUCUACCUGUAGAAUGUGUUGGAAGUUGGUCAUGUUGGUACGGAGAUCAGGAUCAAGUUGUCCACCUCUGGCGAUAUAAUGGAGGAUUUCCAGCAAUUGGUGAAGCAAAUCAAAAGAUGAGUAGUUUGGAAUGGUACAAAGAUAUGAGGAAGAAGCGUAGCCAUAUGCUUUUGGGUCGCAGAAAUCAACUUUUAUUCGAAUUCUCCUUCUGGAAUACACCUGAACCAAGAGAUGGUCCGAAUAUUUAUGAAUUAAGGACUUAUCAAUUGAAGCCUGGAACUCUAAUAGAAUGGGCGAACAGCUGGGCGAGAGGAAUCAGCAAUCGACAAACUAAUAAUGAAGCAGUUGGUGGAUUUUUUAGUGAGAUUGGAGACUUAAACAUUGUUCAUCACCUGUGGGCAUAUAAGGAUCUGCAUCAUCGAAAAGUAACCAGAGGGAAAGCUUGGACGUCUGAAGGAUGGGAUAACGUAGUUUACUAUACAGUGCCGUUAAUCCGAGAAAUGAAAUCACAAAUCAUGAUACCACUUCCACAUUCUCCUCUUCAGUGAUCGGUAUCCCAGAUUGGCAGACAUGUUAGCCAUUUUUAUACAGCAAGUAGGCUGUUUUAAUGAAAUAUGUUAUAAUGGAUGUAUUGCCUUCCAUGAUAUAGAUAGCCUAGUCUUUGAAGAUAUUUUCACUAGGUGUUGGUGCUUUGACUAGUAUUUUAAACAGGAAUAUUUUCUCCUUUCAUUAAUGUUCCAUAGCAACUUGGUAAAGAUGUAUUCAAUUCGAAUUGAUGCUUUUUUGAAAAGAUCUAUUUAAAAAAUUUGGAUAACCAAGAUGCUCUGUUUUUCUUGUUUGUUACAUCAUUUCACUACUUGUUUUCUGUAGCUCAAACCGGAUUGGAUUUAAACUUUGUUUGAUAGAAAAAUGUCUGUAAAUAAUAUUUAUGACGGAAACUGAAACACCAUACGAAAAUCUUAUUUUAUCAUGUUGUAGAUGUUAGAGAUCUGUUAAAAGCAGUUUUCGAUAAUGAAUGUGUGUGUUUUUUACAGUCUACUGUUAUGCUGUAAUUGUAGUAUUCUGGAUUUCCUAAUGUUAUCCAAAUGAGGUUGCAUAUGCUUUUCUGACUGUAAAAAAAUUGAAUCCUUAUUUGUAUAUCUAUUGGCAAAUAAAUUAUACUUUUUCCUCCAAUGUGUUGGAGGUUUAUUUGUUUGCAA